UAUUUAGAACAUUUUGCUAAAGUGCGCAUCUGUGUUUAACACCGAGCAAUAUAUCUCAGCUGCAGCCUGUUGCAUUUGUACAGGUCUGACUAUUUUCAGAUCGAUUGCAGUUUCUGUAUUUGAUUUAGAAAGGAGCAGACGGCACACCACAGUCCUUCCCUCCAAAGUAAGAUUGAUCCACUAAACGUAUUUUGUACUGACCGAUAUUUGCACAAAAACAACAUUAGACAACAUGACUUGCAGAGGUUAGGGAUCAAACCCCGCCUAUAGGGGAACUUCCCAGCUUCUGCCUGUCCAACCCACGUUCAAAUUUCAAAGCGCGCAAUCUUUGCUCGCUCGGUGCUGUUGGUUUGGGAGUUGACAGUGAGGGGCAGAGAGGUGUCUGUGCCAAAGGCUGGCUUCACAGUUGCUGGAUUGGUUGGCGUCUCUGCCAUGGUCAACGAUUGGUUCUAAGUAGCGGCAAAAAAAAAACAGUGCAAACUGAGGAGGAGAAAAUAGAAGCAGUCGGUCAUUGUUUGCAACCGGUACCAGCAGAGAGACAGAGUGACAGGACAUGGGGAACAGCAGCUCCAGUUUACUGACCCGAUCCACCUGGAAUAACAUCAACCUGGCCAACGGCAGCAGAACGACUCCCGGGCUGCACUGUCAGCAGGGACACCAUCAGUAUGCAGCUCACCAGACCCGUUCUGGAUCUGCUCGUCAGUAUUAUACAGUUCCAACCAGCGGUCAUGAACGGAGAGCACAUUUAAACAUCGCUGAACCUCCGAGAUUUCAUUCGCAGGCCAAAGGGAAAAAUGUUCGUUUGGACUCGCAUUUCAGAAAAGCCACCCGGAAAAACAGUUUCUGUAAUGGUGUAACGUUCAGCAACCGUCCAGUUCACCUCUAUGAAAAAGUGCGAUUACGGUUAUCAGUGGUACUUCAUGGAUGGAGUGGUGCUUUACGGUUUGGUUUUACAAGUCAUGAUCCCUCUCAGAUGAGCUCUGCAGAUAUCCCAAAGUAUGCCUGCCCUGAUUUGGUAACCAGGCCUGGUUUCUGGGCCAAAGCUUUGCCUGAAAGAUUUGCUCUGAAAGACAAUGUCCUUGCUUUUUGGGUGGACAGACAUGGACGAGUAUUUUACAAUGUGAACGAUGAAGACCCUGUUCUUUUCCAGUGUGGUAUUAAUGUUUCAGGACCACUCUGGGCAUUGAUUGACAUUUAUGGAAUUACACAAGAGGUCCAAAUGCUUGAGAGUAUGUUUGCAGAAACCAUAACUUCAGCACGACUCAACACAGCACGACUGAAUAGUUGCCUUCCUCAGACAAGUCAUGACAAUGCCAACUUCAAUAAUAAUGAACUGGAGAAUAGUGUUGUGGUGGCAAAAAUCACAAACCUAAAUGUAGGUGAAGUUCAAAGCCUUGCAGCAGACAAUCACAAUUUACCAUGUUGUACCAACAGAAGGCUUCGCUCACGAGGCCUACCAUCCUUCCUCGACACUGACCUUCACUUUCACCACAUACGAGGGCCUGACAUCACUCUUUCUCAGGACAGGAUGGGCGCGUGCACAAACUGGAAGGAGAGUACUAGGACCCUGGUGUUCUCUGACCGACCUUUACAUAUUGGGGAGACCUUGUAUGUGGAGGUGGGGCAUUUAGGGUUACCAUAUUAUGGUGCUCUGCUCUUUGGUGUGACAUCAUGCGACCCCAGUACUCUGCGAACAAAUGAGCUCCCAGCGGAUCCAGACUUCCUGCUUGAUCGUAAGGAGUAUUGGGUGGUGUACAGAGGUUUUUCAGUGCCCAACAGCGGUGAUAUUUUCAGUUUCACUAUUCUGCCAAAUGGUGAGCUCCAUCAUCGUGUUAACGGAAUAAAUGUAGGGAUGCUGGUCUUUGUGGAUACCACCCAGUCACUGUGGGUAUUCUUCAGCUUACAUGGAGUGGUCAAUCAGCUCAGGAUACUGGGUACGUCUCAGUCCAGUCCUGCAGAUGUAUCUCCUUCAGGUUCUCCAGGUGGUUCCCAUUAUGACAGUGACUCUGACAUGGCAUUCAGCGUUAAUAGAUCCUCAUCUGCAUCUGAAUCAUCACUUGUGACUGCACCCAGCUCUCCCCUGAGCCCUCAGUUCUCCCCAAGUUUCUCUCCGCCUGAACCACCAAGUAGCAAAAAUGGAGAAUGUGCCGUCUGCUUCGACAGUGAAGUUGACACUGUUAUUUACACCUGUGGACAUAUGUGUCUCUGCUACGACUGUGGUCUUAAGCUGAAGAAGCAGAUCAAUGCCUGCUGUCCCAUCUGCAGGCGAGUUAUAAAGGAUGUCAUUAAGAUAUACCGUCCAUGAGAUAAUUGGCUCCUAUAAGGACUAUUUCUCAAUCCACACUGUCGUUUUUUUUUUAAAUGUAGAGUUUUUAUGGAUAUGUAAAGCUUCUAUUGCUCACUUUAAUUUCAGUUAUAUGCACAAAGUGUGGCUGUAUUCUUUGUCAUUCACUUAGUUUCUCUAUCUCUUUAUUUGUCUUCCCCCUUUCUGUCCCUGUACCUGCUGUCUGCAGAUACUCGGUGGCAGGAAAUUGGGAUGGCUGCACACAUUUCCACCUGUAGAAACAGAGCCACUUGAUAACUAAUCAGUGUAUCUCAAGCGGAGAAAUUUGGACACCAUCUCAUAGCCAGGCUGAAUACAGGUUAAUUAUUCUAGCUAAAAUUAAGCUGUUCAAUUGAAGAGCAAUAUUCUUCUGAUUUAUUUUGCUAUUCUGUCAUUGCUCCAGGAAAAAUACUAAUCAUCAAGAAAGACCAAAUAAUCUGAGAAAGAAAGAUAUUCUGUAAGGAUGUCUCAUGAUCACAUCUACCACAAUAUUCCUAAUGACUAACUAUAAGCAGUUAUUUUCCACAGGCAGUUAUCUAUUGGUCUACAGGGAUCAGUAAUGAAUUCUCUCCACAUAUUCUCCACAAAGAUUGAUAUUAUUGCAUCUGCUUCAUGCACAACAGCCUGCAAAGUUAUUUAGAGAGAUCUCAAUUGCCAUAUUCAAUUAAGACAUCAUAGUUGCCUUUAAAGUACAUAUUAAAUUUAAUCUGGAGAUAAUGUACAUAUUUCUAACAGGUUAAUUCAUGUCUAAUUGCUGUUGUGUUGUGGAUGCGACAUGCAUGCCAAAAUUGAUAGCUCACCAGUGGUGAAGUACCCCCAAAUUGAGAGCUAUUUUGUUUAAGUUUUCUAAAACAUCAAGCAGUGACUUCGCAGAAGGAAUUGGGGAGCUUGAUGGCUUCAAUAUAAUGACUGGAAGUUGUAGUAUCCCUUUUGGGCGCAAAUUCAAAAACAAUAAAAAAUAAAUGCAUAACAGUGACCACAAACAAGACCUUUUAUUCAAAGAAAUCUUGUUUUAUUAUUUGUUUAAAAUUGGUCCUUUUCUUGUUGUAUCUGCUGAUUAGGUCAUCUCACAGGUUUUUGGUUCAUUAACAGCUGUUUCACUUGUACCCCUCUGUAAAAACAACAACAACUCGAUGCCGUAUCUGAUUGAGAUCUGCUUCCCUGUAAUCCCAUGGUUCAGGACAUGGAGAGGCCAUUUCAUGAAGUGGAAGGAACAGAAAUGAUUCAGGGUGAGGAGAGGAAGCCCCAAGAGGCUCCAUUAACCAAAUUUUCAAUUGAUUCAUAAGUUUCAGAAUCUUGGCUAACAUGCCAGCAAAGAGAUAUUGCAACUUUUAAUAUGGCUUUAACAAGUAGAGGUUUUAUGCUGGAUUUUUUUCUGUGGUGAUUCAAAGCUACAGGUGCCUUACAUAGGAAGGUGAUGCACUUUUUUCUGAUUCCCCGUGAACUUUGACUGCCACUAUUAUAGAUUCACUGACUAAUGGCAAAGUAGUUUUAUAGGACUCACGUGACAACCACAAAAAUAUUUUCCUUUUGAUAAUGGAGUGAAAAUGGUAUCUAACACAAAUAUAUUUAAUAUCUUGCCUAAUUUGCUGACUUUGUACAAAAAUAGUAUCUAGUUUCGUUAGAGUAUUGUUUCAAUAUUGAAGAUGAUGGCUCAUACUACAAACGUCAACAGACACUUUGUAUAAACUUUGCUCGCAAUAUAUAGUGUAAACAUUAUAAAUUCUUUUGCACUUAAUUUAAAUGUUUUUUGUUGUCCAAGGUUUGAGUUUCUGUGUGCGUGUGUGCUUGCACUAUGAAUGAAAAGAUUACAGAAUCAAAAGAGGAAAUGAGACUGAAAUUUGAAAUUAAAGGUUUGAGCGUACCUUUCACGAAGGCCUGACAGGAUUGGCAAUCAGAACUGACAGAACUCCUCUUUAUAUAGUUCAUAACAGCAUUUAAUAGCACAUUCUUUUAAGGAAAUAUGAACAAGUGUCCAAUAGAUCUUUGAAUAAUUUAUCAAACUCAAAUUAAGAUUUAACUGUGUAAUUUAAUUGUCUUUUAUUCUUCAUUUGCUUUUGUUUUCCAGUCAAUUUAUAAUUCCUCGGUUCCAUCCUAACACCUUUUGUCCAUCCAUUACUACUUCCAACUUUGUAAUUAUCUAUUUGACAUUUCAAGUUCAAUAUAUCUUUCCAUUAUAGGCUCUUAUUUAUAUGU